UAUUUAAGUAUUUCACUUCCUCUUUCGGUUAUACGAUAGCGAUGGCAAGUAUGAGCGAAUUUAAAAUAGUGGCGGCGAUCGAUUUCGGAACAACGUACUCCGGAUAUGCCUUUUCUUCCAAAAAUGAUUUCAAACAUCAACCUCCGGUCAUUAAGACAAGUUCCUGGAGAACAGGGUCGGGUACGUGCGAUAAAUUCAUGAAGACACCCACUGCAGUUUUGUUUGAUGACAACAAGAAAUUUCACUCGUUUGGAUUCGAGGCAGAGAAGAAGUACACGAACCUUGUACUGAGGAAUAAGCAUGAAUCUUGGUACUUUUUCAGGAAUUUCAAAAUGCGCCUUCAUCAGAAACAAACAGAGAGAACCAGGGAUCGUCUCACGCUGGACUCAGUCCUAGAGGACGAAAGAGGUAAACCAAUGAACGCUGUAGACGUGUUUAGCAACUCUAUCCAGUUCCUAAAGGACCACCUUCUGGGAGUUUUGGUGGAGCAAGGAAUGAAGGACAAGAAAGAAGCCUUUGAACAGACACGCUGGGUUCUGACUGUUCCUGCAAUAUGGACAGAUCAUGCCAAGGAGUUCAUGAAAAAAGCUGCAAUCAGAGCAGGUCUGCAAGAGGACAAGUUCCUUUUGGCCUUGGAACCGGAAGCCGCUUCUUUAUGCUGUUCGUCUAUGCACAACCAAAGUCCGGACGGGAGGAAAAUCGUCAUUCCUGGUACAUUAUACACAGUGUUAGACAUGGGAGGGGGCACUGCAGACAUUGUUACACAUAAAGUUAGAGAGAACAUGUCACUUGAAGAAAUACACGCACCUGUUGGAGGAGACUGGGGAGGGAUGCAAGUCAACAGCUCUUUCCUAAAUCUAAUCAUUAAGCUGUUAGGAGCACCAAUUUUGACUAAGUUUAAAGAAGAAAAAUUCUGUGACUAUCUGGACAUGAUGAGCGAGUUUGAAAUCAAGAAACAGUUCGUUUCUCUUGAAAACAACGAUGAAGUUGUACUUAAAGUUCCUGUGUCCCUGAUUAAGUUAUUUGAGGACGAGACAAAAGAAGAAUUAUCGGAUGUCAUUGAACAGUCAAAUAUGAGAGGUCAGUUAGAAUGGACAUCAGGGAGACUGAUAGUUCAAUCCGAACUCUUCAAAAGUUUAUUUUCUGUUUCCAUAGACAAUGUUACGGGCAAACUGAAAGAACUAUUUAAUGAAAACGGAUCCCGAGAUGUGUCUACAUUGCUGCUUGUGGGAGGAUUUUCCGAAUCUCAAGUGCUAAAGAAAGCCAUUACAGACGCCAUCACCGACAAACGCAUAGUUAUUCCUGAUCAACCGUCCUUAGCGAUCCUGAAAGGAGCAGUGAUCUAUGGUCAUGCUCCAUUGACCGUAAAAUCACGAGUAUGCAAAUAUACUUAUGGUUUUAUGGCUGUGAGAAGCAUUGUGAACUCCGGCAGAAAUAUCCCGUUCAACAGAACUAUUCAAGAUGGAAAUAGUGAAGUAGGAUAUUUUGAUAAGCUAGUAGAAAUUGGACAAACAGUAGAAGUAGGAAAAAACAAUGUUACUAAAACCUACACCAAAGUUUCGCCUGACCAAAAAUCAAUGAUCUUAAUGAUGUACACCUCUACCUCUAAAUAUCCAACGUCUGUGACAGACGACACUUGUUCCUUUUUGGGCGACCUUACCAUCACUCUUCCCUCCGACCCGCACGCAGAAGUUACGGUGUACACGAUAUUUUCUGACACCCAUCUGACAGUAAAAGCUGUAGAGAAGAAAACCAACCGAAAUGUGACAGCUAAAUUUGAUUUUCUCAAAUGAUACCCUCUGUUGCAAGUGAAUAAUGUUCUUUUGUUUUUAAAUCUUUGUCAUGUCGAAUUCUUAAUUUUAAAACAUUGAAUGCGAUACACAUGUAAUAAUUUGUGGGUAUCGGGUUUUGAAAAUGAUAUAAUGAUCAUUUAUAUAGCGCCUUAUAUGAUCAAAAUAUCACGAUGAGGUCCUUUACUUUUACAUUUAGACUGAAAAUAACUUUUAAAAAUAUCAUAAAUAGCCUAAUAUCGAAAUCACAAUAUGUCGUGUAAAACAAAAUUUGAAUGCUA